AUGGCAGCUUUUCACCACCACCAUCACCACCAUCCGAGCGCGGACCUGCGGCGGCUCUUCCACCGGCUCACCAUCGCGUCCUCUCUGAGCAUCCUCUGCUUCUCCCUGGUCUAUCUCCUCACUGGAUGCUGCGAGUCGGAACUGACAGAAAACUCUGAGAUCAAGACACCCACGCGCGAAUUCCUCGUGUCCGGGUCAGGAUGGCCGUACGAGAGAAACGGAACCAGCGUCGUCCAGGAGGGUAUCAAAGCUGCUGGCGAAGGCGCUUUCAGUGGUCGUCCCGGGCUGGAGGCGAACAGCUCGGGGAAAGAAUGGACAGCCACUCGGAGGCUACCCCAGGCUUUGAUCAUAGGGGUUAAAAAGGGAGGCACCAGGGCUCUGCUGGAGUUUCUGCGGCUCCACCCGGACAUCCGCGCCCUGGGGUCGGAGCCGCACUUCUUCGACCGGCAUUACGCACGGGGACUGGACUGGUACAGGAGUAUGAUGCCCAAAGCCCUGGAUGGCCAGAUUGUCAUGGAGAAGACGCCUCGUUACUUUGUUACUGUGGAAACGCCACAACGAGUCCACUCAAUGUCGCAGGACGUGAAGCUGAUCGUGGUUGUCCGUGACCCCGUGACCCGAGCCAUAUCUGACUACACACAGAUCAUCUCCAAGACCCCUGACAUCCCUCCAUUUGAGAGCCUCGCCUUCAAGAACCGCACCACGGGUCAGAUUGACUCUCUGUGGAGCCCGCUGUGGAUCGGCCUGUAUGCCCAGCACCUGGAGCGUUGGCUGGCCUGGUUCCCUCGGACUCAGAUCCAUUUGGUCAGCGGGGAGAGGCUCAUCUCCGACCCGGCCGGAGAACUGGGCAAAGUCCAGGACUUUCUGGGCCUCCAGAGGAUCGUCACGGACAAGCACUUCUACUUUAACAAAACGAAAGGCUUCCCCUGCCUGAAGAAGCCGGAGGGCAGCAGUAAACCUCACUGCCUGGGGAAGACAAAAGGGAGGACACACGCCUUCAUCGACCCGGAGGUGAUGCAGAGACUGAGAGAUUUCUACAAGCCACAUAACCAGCGCUUUUAUCAGAUGGCAGGACAGGACUUUGGAUGGCAGUGACCCUUUGAUUGUGUGGAGCCAGUGGCUUUUGUUAGAAUUACACUGCUUUGGGUAGAAGCCUGCACGAAUCUUCCAUCUGACUGAACCAGAUGCAAAGACUCAGAGUACAAAAGAUCCAGAAAACAGAGCCAAUUAUCCACCUCGGACCAGCAGAGCU